CCACCAUAUACAAAUUUCAUCUAAAACCGCGAUCUGAUACCGCGAAACUGCUUGAUAAACAGAAUUCUCUGUAAAAUUUUAAGCACAAAUAGCUCUUCUAGCUAUUCCUAUGUUUGUGUAAUUCAGUUCGAUGUAGCCUGCAGUGAAUGGGAGGCCAUAAAAUAUGUUUUUCAUUUUGCUCCGAGUAUGUGACAUUUCUGUAAGUGCAACUCUUUACUGUGCAUGUACUUAAGUCUAGUAUCGACGAUCGCAACUUGCACUUGUGUUUCAUCAGAUUUCAGCGGCCAUCACUUCUUAAUAUUUCAUUGUUAAAUGGACGUUCUCACAUUGAACUAUUUAUGACGCGCCUCAAUGAUGUCUCCGCGGCAGCUGAUGCGCAACUCAAACAUGACGCAGAAGUGGCAGCGACGGGAGAUCUCCAACUUCGAGUACCUCAUGUUCCUGAAUACCAUUGCAGGUCGCACGUACAACGACCUGAACCAGUACCCCGUGUUCCCGUGGAUCCUCACCAACUAUGAGAGCGAAGAACUCGACCUUAGCCAGCCUUCAAACUUCAGGGAUCUAUCAAAGCCCAUAGGUGCAUUGAACCCCAGCCGACGUGCGUACUUCGAGGAGCGGUAUAACACGUGGGAGCACGAGUCCACGCCCCCCUUCCACUACGGCACACACUACUCCACUGCUGCCUUCGUGCUCAAUUGGCUCGUUCGAAUCGAGCCAAUGACGACAAUGUUCCUAGCGCUGCAGGGAGGUAAAUUCGAUCAUCCGAACAGACUGUUUUCCUCCAUCGCCAUGUCAUGGAAGAACUGCCAACGCGACACAUCCGAUGUUAAGGAACUGAUCCCCGAGCUGUUCUUCUUGCCUGAAAUGCUGAUAAACAGCUCCGGCUACAAGCUAGGCAUCCCAGAGUCUCCGUCCGGUGACGUCAUUCUUCCACCAUGGGCUUCAUCCCCUGAAGAGUUCAUCCGCAUCAACCGCAUGGCCUUGGAGUCGGAGUUCGUCAGCUGCCAACUUCACCAGUGGAUCGAUCUCAUCUUUGGAUACAAGCAGCGAGGGCCGGAAGCAGUACGGGCCACCAACGUGUUCUACUACCUCACGUACGAGGGCGGAGUCAGACUCGAUCAGAUCACGGAGCCCGUGACCAGGACCGCCGUGGAGGACCAGAUCCGCAGCUUCGGCCAGACCCCAGCGCAGUUGUUGAGCGAGCCGCACCCGCCACGCGCGUCUGCGCUACACCUGGCGCCGCUGAUGUUCGCGGCGGCCCCCGACGACGUCUGUCUGCGCCUCAAGCUGCCCUCCAACGCGGCCGUCGUGCACGUCUCCGCCAACACCUACCCGCAGCUGGCGAUGCCGGCUGCUGUCACGGUGAGCGCAGCGCGUGCCUUCGCGGCCCACCGCUGGGCGGCGGGGGGCUGCGCGCACUCCGCCCGCCACGCGCCCGACGCGCAUCCGCCCCCCCACCCCCACCCGCUACUCAUGGACCCUGUCUGGGCCGCUGGAGGGGCGCAGGCGCUGGCGCGGAGGCAGCUCGGCGACAACUUCAGCCAGCGGGUCCGCGCGCGCUCCAACUGCUUCGUGACGACCGUCGACUCCAAGUUCCUCAUCGCGGCCGGCUUCUGGGAUAAUAGCUUUAGGGUCUUCUCAACUGAAACUGCUAAAAUAGUGCAAAUAAUAUUCGGUCACUACGGCGUGGUGACGUGCGUUUGCCGGUCCGAGUGCAACAUCACCUCGGACUGCUACAUCGCGUCUGGCUCCGAGGACUGCACCGUGCUGCUCUGGCAUUGGUCCGCCCGGCACGGCGGCAUCGUCGGCGAGGGCGACAGUCCGGCGCCGCGCGUGACGCUCACGGGACACGACGCGCCCGUCAACGGCGUGCUCGUCUCCGCAGAACUCGGACUCGUCAUCUCCUCCUCGCUCAACGGUCCGGUGCUGAUCCACACGACGUUCGGCGAGGUGCUGCGCUCACUGAGCAGCGGGGAGGCGUCGGGUCCGCAGCAGCUGGCACUGUCCCGGGAGGGCGUGCUGGUGGUCGCGUACGCCAAGGGACACCUCGCCGCCUACACCCUCAACGGACGGAGGCUCAGGCAUGAGACGCACAACGAUAACUUCCAGUGCGUGGUGCUGUCCCGGUGCGGCGAGUACGUGGUGUGCGGCGGCGCGGCCGGCGUGGUGGAGGUGUGGCGCGCCGCCACGCUGGCGCCGCUCUACGCCUUCCCGCCCGCCGGUGCACCCGUCGCCUCACUCGCGCUCUCGCACGACCAGAAAUUCCUGCUAGCAGGUCUUGAAAACGGUUCCCUGGUUGUUUUCCACAUAGACUUCAACAGAUGGCAUCACGAGUACCAGCAAAGAUAUUGAGGCUUGAUAAACACUAGUUUCUAAACGAACUAGAUUUAAAAAGAAAUCAAUUAUAAAUUUAUAUAUAAUACAAAAAGCAAUGUUAGCGACAACAUAAUGUUAGGUUAGAUCGGUUAGUUCGCGUGACAAACAGUGUAUCGUUUUGAUAAUAUUGUGAGUGUUGUGACUAAUGUAAUGUGAAUCGACUAAAAUGUUAAACACUAUUUACAACAAGAUCAAAAAUAAUAUGGUAAAAAUUGGUCUUUCCUGAUAUAAUAAAAUUGAAAAACGCGACUUUUUGUUGUUGUCCGUUAUAUUGACAUAAUAUUGUUUGAAAUUCAAACAUAGCAGCUACAAUUUGACACCAGAGAUAUGACUGAAUUUUUUAUUGUUAAUUAAAUGGCGUGGUACUUAACAUGGCAUCAUUUUAACAUUCCAUUUACAAUAUUAUCUUAUUUCAAAAAUCCAAACGUUAAGCUUUAACCGUUAUUAAUGUUAUUUAAAAUAAAGUUAUAUAAUUUUCAUAAUUGAAAUUCAUUGACAGCUAUAGAGUAGUACCUAAGUAGAUAUUUUAUGUAAUAUUUUAGUAGUGCCAUAGAAAAGCUGCUAUUUUUUUCAUUAAAUCCAGAGACAAUUUCGCUUAUUCGCUAUUUAUACUUGCAAUUAACUUAUGAUUAGAUCUCUUUUGAUUAUUUGACGUCCAAGUAUUAUAAUAGAAGUUUAAGGUGCAAUAUUUUCAAUGAUUUGUUUAUUUACAUAAUCUAAUCAAACUUGUCACAUUUGUUUUCUUUAACUUAUCCCCACAUACUGGUAACAUCAAUAUUUAUUAUCAACUUGAAAUUUUAAAAUGUACUGGAAAUCACCAUGGCCUAGAAAAUAUUUCGGGGAAGAAAUGACAGAGACAAAAUAAGCACGUGUCUCUCUUGUUGUGCUUAUACUGCAUACAGCCCUGCCCAACUAAAGAUAUUCGCCGCUGUCCACUGUUGUUGUUAUACUUUUUCAUGUAAAUUCGAGUCCGACAUGGUCGGUCAUGUUGGCAAGAAAGGAAUUGUAAUUGAUAAUUUUAUAAGCAAUCACAUCUUUAUAGUCGAAUAGAAAUUAAGUCUAUAAUUAUAUUCUUCGCAAGCAUUCGCUAUGGAUAUUUGGGCCGUUAUAAUUAACUUCAAGCACUUCCAGCAUCUAUUUUUCACGCUCAACUUUAUUAAAUUUUAGGACGAUUUUAUCUAAAUACUAUUAAAAGAAGUCCAAAAUUUCUAUUGUGAAAUGUUAAAUAAACAAAUCAUUUUAUUUUAUUAUACAUGUAGAAGAUCUAGUAUUAUUUACUUGAAACAUUCCAAUUUUCCUUAUUUCCUCAAAAUGUGGUGGAGGGUAUGUAACUAAGUACUUAAUUUUAAUAUAUUAGUUGAAAUUGUUGUAAUUUUUUGGUUUUAUUAAAUGGUUAUAUUAUGA